AUGGGGCUUCUUGAUCAGCUUUGGGAUGAUGUUGUGGCCGGGCCUCAGCCCGAACGUGGCCUCAAACACCUCAAGAAAGGCUACACCAACAACUUGAACAUCAAAGACAUUGGAGAGGUUAGCAGCGGGCCCAAGUACGCCAGGUCACUGUCCAUGCCGGCGAGUCCCGGGACGCCUCCGACGCCGGGAACGCCGUCGCCGACGGCGGCCAACGUGUGGCGGAGCGUUUUCAACCCGGGAAGCAACCUGGCCACUAAGAGCAUCGGGUCGGAUUUCUUUGACAAGCCACAGCCCAACUCUCCCACUGUUUAUGACUGGCUGUAUAGUGGAGAAACUCGUAGCAAACAUCGCUGA